AUAGAGGAAACAAACGCGUCUUUAUCGAGUUCCAUUUCCGUAUCACCGGAUAUAAUUGACGCUACAGAAAAUCUGUUAAGUUUCGAUGAGUUAUCUUUGAACAAAAUUGAUAAUAUCAUGAAUUAUACUGACCAUGCACUUAUUGAAGAUGAAGAAUUAAAUAUAGAAGAACUCAUCAAAGAAGCGGGAAUUGUUUGUGCUGAGAAUGCGUUGAAAGGGUCUGUGACAGAUUCUACAGAUGAUUUACAAGCUGGAGAUCAUUCUGAAAGUCAUGAAAGUCCGAAAAUGAUGAACGAAAAUCAAUCAGGUUUCAGUAAUUUGACAACAUCCACUGUAAGCUUAGAUGAACAAAAAUCCCCAUUAGUCAGUAAUAUUAAGACAAUCUCGAAAUCUCUGUACAGUAAAAGUGCAGAGAAUAUAUCAACAAUUGACCAGAAUGUUGAUUCAAAUCUUAAUUCCAGUCACAAAGAAUUAAAUAUGGAAACAAUUCUAUCACAGUUUACAAACCAAAAGAACAAAGUAACGGCAACCCAGAAAAUACCUGAAUCAACACUAUUACCACAUAAACCUGUACCUGAAUCCUAUACUAACAUUGAUUUACGUUAUGCACGAUUACCGAAAGAACUCCUUUCACAAGACUUAGGAAGUAUUGUGAAAAAUGUACAUGGCAUAUUUUCAUCUGUCAGUGGUAGCUUGAAGAAUGCGUAUAUUCAUCAGAGAGCUCAUAAACCUGCUAUAAAGAAUGUUGUAAAACCAGUAUCAAAUGGCAAAGUUAUGAAUGACAUAUUUGAAGACGAAUCAAGCUCUAUUAUAACUGUUGAAAAACCUCUGGAAAUUCCUAUAGUAGAUGAAGCAAUUAAGUUAUCAGAAGUGCAAGUAUCAGAACAAGAAAGCAAUGCAAAAAAAGAUGUUUUAAAGCUACAAGUAGAAAUGUUAGAGAGGCUGUUGUCUGAACAGAGGAAGGAGAACACUUGUUUACGUGAGCAGGUUAAACAACUGGUUGAUGAGGUGCAAGAGAAGGAUCACACUUCUAAAGAAGUGGAGGCUAAGCUAGACUUGAUGAGCAAACGGGUAGAGCAGGCUGAACGUGAGAAGGACGCUGCGGUAAUGCGCUAUGCAAGCGUCGAAUGUACUGCCAUAGAAGCCAGAAGAGCUGCUGAGAAGGCCAGUGCUGCUGAAAAGGCUGCUUUGGUGGAGACCGAGCUCUUAGCGAACAAGUUGAAGUCCGCACAUGCAGAGAAGCAAAGGAUCUGUCAGUUGUAUGAUGACAAGUGCCAUGAGCUAUCGAACAGCGAGCGCGAGCUAGCGAAGAUACGUGAAGACAUGCGCGAGCUGGAAGGCAGACUCAAAUGGACGCAGAGCAAGCUGCGAUGCGAGAUGGAUGCUUACAAGGAGUCCGCGGAACGGGCUGAGAAGCUGUCCCAGCAAGUUACUGAACUUGAGGCGGCUAAGGAAGCGGCCACGACCAAUGCCACAGACGCUUUACGGGCUAGACAACUAGAACAAGAACUAAAAGAAAGCCAAGCAUCCUUAAUCCUCUGUCGACAUGAAAGAGAGGAGUUAGAGAAACGCCUUACGACCACAACACAACAGUUGGAUGUCUGUAGGAAGGAGAGAGACAGCGCUAGUAGCGCUCUCUCUCGUGCUACUGCUGAGGUGGAACAAUUGAAAGAAAGCAACUUGAGGUUGGAAGAGGAAGCGGCGGAGCUAGCGGCGCUUAGGGCACAGGCGGCUUUAGCUGAUACACUAGGUGCUCAGUUGCAGAGAGAGACAGAACGUGCGACCUCCCUAGAAGAAUCCCUUCGCCUUGAACGAGCGCGUGCCGAGACGUGCGCUAGACGCGAGGCAGCUGCGCUGGAGCACGCCGCCACCUUGACUGCUCAGCACGUAGCUGCCCGAGCGACAAGCAGUGACACGCAUGCUAAGGCUCAAGCGCUUGCACUUGACAACGCGUCUUUACGCGAGCGAAUAACUGAACUUGAGCAAGAGUGUACAUCACUACGUGCUGCGUUGAACGAGGAGACCGAAAGGCGGAACAAGGAGAACAGAGUGCUCGCUAGGAAGGUGGCAGAGCUCACGGAGGAAGCUGCAGAUGCAAAGAAGAAGCUAGAAUGGGAGACGGGAGAGAACGAUGUUCUGAAAAAGAAACACGCCAGUGCUAUAAAGGAGUUGAACCGCGAACUCCAACGAGCACUAAAAAGAUGCGAACAACUUGAAGCAAAGUUACCACCACCUGACACCACCUCAACACGCACUGGGUCCAUAUCGUCACUUAGCAGCGGAGAAAGCGCGCCGCAAGAGGAAGGAUUACCGAACGGGCACACAGCAUCUUUGCCUGACGUGCAGGAACCGCAAUCAACAGUGGUUCGAGAACCAGACCGCCAAGCGUUAAUUGAAAGGAUAGUUUCUCUCCAAAGAGCAGCCGCUCGAAGAUCAGAACGAUGCGAAUUUCUUGAAGAACAUUCUAGACAAUUGACCGCCGAACUUCGCGCUAAAAGUCGAUUGCUGCGACAUCUAUUGUGCAGUAUGCCGGCUGGAGCUGUCGCUUCGCAGGAUAGUGAUGCACAUAAGCCGAAAAGGAGGCUCACGAAGCGAGAGAUUGCCCGCCUGGGGGGUGGCGCGAUGGCAGCAGUGUGGGGCGGAGACCCCAACGGCAUGACAUUAGAGUUAUCCUUAGAAAUGAACAAGAGGUUACAAGCAGUUCUUGAAGACGCGCUACUUAAGAACAUCACGCUGAAGGAAAACAUGGACACUCUUGGCGAAGAGAUAGCGAGGCUAAAAGAACGAAAGGCGACGGAAACCAAAAGUAGUUAAAACAAUUGUUUAUUUAAGCGUACUCUCUUUCCAAUAAACAUAUUUCUUACAAGCGAUGAAACGUACGGUGAUUGUAUAGUCGGGUAGCCGUGUAAAGGGAAACACAGCCUGGUAGCGUUGAUAUUCAUUACUAGAAACAGUUCAGUGUUUUGACAGAUCAAACCUUUAGUGUAAUCGAUCCCUCCUACGUAAAUAAUCGUAAGCCCAAAUUCACAACUGUACAGCGGAACAUUAUUUUAGUACGAGUAGAGAGUCUGUCUUUUAUGAAGACGGACUAAAAUGACAGCUCAAUUGCGCAAAAGUGUUGCCCGCUUGCGAGCAGCUAGUGAUUGCAGUCGAUAAAUAUUCUAUCGAGCAUCUACUGAAUAUUGGACACGUUUAUAGAAUAAAUAGUCGAACUUGUUUCAUUUGAAUCAUCCCCGACCUCAUUAUUCAUCCAAUUACUGAGC